AUGGCUCUGGUUGAUGUCAUCCGCGGACGGGAUCCGGCAGGCGUGGCUGUCGAUGAAAUGGCGGCUGGCGUGAUGCGGCAAGUGCUGAGUGCGCUGAUGCACUUGCACGAGUUGGGGGCUGUGGUUGGCGGCCUCAUGCUCGACGACCUGCGUGUACCGCCGCUGGGGCGGCGUGGCGAUCUCGCGGUGCCCACUGUGGUCCUUGUCGGUGCCCUGCUCCCGCUCGUUCGAACACAGCCCGCUAACAUCGAGGCCUGGACUGGGUACCCGCUCACUGUUGCGCCCGAGGUCCUCCGCGGCGACGAGGUCGGCCCAGCGGCGGAUGUCUGGUCGGUCGGCGUCCUCGUCUACCUGCUCAUCACCGGCUCGUAUCCGUUUGCCAUCUCCAACUACGAGGACCUGUACGAGUCUAUUCUCAACGCCGACUACGAGCCGCUGCCGAGGCAGGAAGCCAAAGAGACCGACCUCUCCAUGCGCGAUCAUGCAAUCCAGUUUGUGGAGCAGACGCUGGUCGCCGACCCGGCCAGUCGCCUCUCGCCGCGCGACGCGCUCAGCCACCCAUUCCUCACCCACGCGCCGCCACCAAGCACCCGCGUCGAGCUAGAGGAUGUGCCGCGGGCGGCCCACAGUGAGCAGGCGCGCCCCGCGCUCCGCGCCACCCGCGCUGCGCAGCUUGUCCUCCGCGCCUCGCUCGAGGUGGCGCGGACUGAGGAGCUGCCUGCCACCGGGAUCCAGCGAUAG